CUUUGUCUGAAAAUGGCGGCGAAGGAACUCAAAACUUUGGUCACUUUUCUGAUGUUUCAUCUCUGUUUGUCCCUUAAUGACUCAAUUCAUGGAACUCCUAAUAUAAUUAUCUUUCUGACUGAAAGUCUCUCUAUGAAAGAUCUGGGUUUUUACUACGAUAACUCCCAAGAAACUCCAAACAUAGACAGCUUGAUCGAGGAAGGAGUUGUGUUUUCGCGCUUUUACGCCCAGUCGUCAAGGAUUGCCUCUCUUUCAUCUCUGUUAACAGGAUUGUUGCCACCUAGAACUGGAAUCAUCAAGAGUAAGUUUCUGAACUUCAAAGAAAUUCCGUCUGUAGCUUCUUCAGGAGGCUUACAGCACGCAGAAAUAACUCUAGCGGAAGAUUUGAAAGCCAAGGGCUACACAACAAGUUUUGUGGGUUUAUGGGGAUUAGGAAUUGGUAGAAAUGCUGAAUAUUUACCUCUCAAUCACGGAUUCGACUCCUGGUACGGUGUGGCGUCUGCAAACAAAGAACCUUGCAUGGAAAGCUACAAGACAACAUCUGAUUCACUGUACACAUGGCAGUCUGUCUGUGCGUUUUUCAGUCCUUUACUGUACAUUCUUCCAUUUGUUGGUUUUGUCGGUUGGUACAAAGGCCUUGGUAACAUAGUCACUGUUAUCAUAGUUAUUAUCGCUUUUAUCAUAUACAGCAGUAUUCUUCAUGAUGUUAUACACUUCACAAUGGAUUUUAUCCAAGUUAAAAGCUGUGUUCUGUAUAGAAACAGCAAUAUCAUAGAACAGCCAUACACUGUCGAAAACUUGACCUUACGGUUUACAAGGAAUGCUGUGCAAUUUUUGGAGUCUUCAUCAAUUUCUUCCAAACCUUUUCUUCUAUUUUUCAGUUUCAUGAACCUUAAUCAACCAGAAUUUGCUUCAAGGCUAUUUUCUAACUCAUCACAAAGUACUUAUUCUGAUGCUCUUAAGGAGCUUGACUGGAGUGUUGGAAGGAUAUUGAGAGUGUUAAAGAAGCAGGAUCUAGAAAAUAAUACAUUAGUUCUAUUUUUAUCAGCCACUGGUCAUCAUGUUCAUAAAGCUUCUGAAAGUUGUAGUGUGGUUGAAAAUGGUGAAAGAGAAGCCUCAUGUCUGCAAGGUGAGACUGAUCAUUCCUUUAUUAUAACACCAUUUUAUUACAGAAACUAUUUGCUUUGAUUUUAUGAGUAGAUAGCUAAUUGUAUGAAUGGGUAACAUGAAGUGAAUCCUGUAUUUUGAUUGACUCCUGGACUCGUUGCCUCUAUUAAUCCUUUGAAAGAAAAAGGUGUUCAUGGUACCUGUACAUACUUCACAGCUUUAGUGAGGAUAAUUUUUUUUUAGAGGAAACAAUUCUCCAGCAAUAGCAUAAUAACAGAGAAAACCCCACUAACUAAUUUACCGAAGAUACCAUGUACUGUAUCUUAAUGGUUUGGAAAACACUGUGACAACACAUUUUGAUAUAGACAUACCAAUAGCAAAAGCACAAGAUAAUUUUUUAGAUACUGGGAAUAGAUAUUACUCAAUUGUAGUUUCUUAUGAGUGUACUGAGUUCUAGGUUGACUUCACAUCCAAAAUUUUUUUUUGAAACUUGCUAUUUUCAUUGUGAAAUUUUCCAUAAUCAAGGGGUUUUUUUUUUUCUUAUUUUGCUUUUUUUCAUGCAAGACUAUUGUGUACCUGUUAUCAGUGACUGUUUUUAUGUUGAGGAAGAAAAGAAAUGAUUACUGGUAUAUUCUCAUUAAGGUGGCAGUGUAAAUGGAAUUUGGGAACAAACCAUUCGUGUUCCAGCAGUGAUGAGAUGGAAAGGAAAACUUAAAGAAAAACAAAUAAUCAAGACUCCUGUGACAAUAAUGGAUGUUGUUCCAACAGUGCUGGAGUUGCUCAAUGAAAGUACUGAAGCUGUGUAUUUAGAUGGCAAAAGUUUGUUACCAGUCUUACUUAACUCAUCAGCAGAAUUUCAGCAUAAGUACAUUUUCCAUUACCUGGAUGUCACCAAGCCAGCUGCAAUAACAUCAGGAUCUUAUAAAGUUUUGUAUACAGAAGUUAAAGGUAAUUAUGGAGUCUGAAUCAUCCCACAUUAAUUAAUCUGUGUUUACUUGCUAUCCUCCUUUAUCUAACUUGUAGUUUAAGAGUCAUUUAGCAGUUUCUAUUCUGACCAGUAUUUCCCUCUACAUGUCCUCUUAAUGACUUAUGAAGGUAUGCCUUUUCCUCAUGGGUCUGCAUUUUUGUUGACUGCAUUUUAUGCUGUUUGGUUGCAUGUAAUAAGUUUACCUGCUUAGAGCUUUUCUAUUCUGUUGCCUCCCUUGUGGAUGAAGUCUUGUGUUUCUUAACCUUACCUAUGUAGUGGUGUGGGUCAAUGAACUUUUUAUGGUUCCAAAUGGAAAGAUGUUGUAUUUCAUUGGCAUGGUCUGAAGCUAUUAUUUUGAGUGUUUUCAAACUGAAUGUCUCUGUCAUCAAAGAAUGAUAAAACAAGAAAGAAGCAUUCAACUUGGCAAACCUUAAACUUAAUCUGGUUCCAAACGAAAAGAUGUUGAAUUUCAUUGGCAUGGUCUGCAACUAUGAUAAAACAUGAAAGAGGUGAACAACUUGGCAAACCUUAAAACUCACAAGUGCAGCAGUGUAAAGGUUGGGAUUUACAAUUAAAGUAAGAGAGACAAAUGAUUGACUGCUCACUUGUCUUCCCCUUUCUUUCUUCCACCUAGAUAGCAGAAACUUACAGUUUCAUGAACCUCCACUACUGUUCAAUGUUGAGGUUGACCCAGAGGAGACUUCACCUUUACCAAAUGUUGAACACAGAGAACUGUUGGCAAACUUUUCAGAUGCUUUGGCUGAGCACAUGAAAACAAGAAAAAACAAAUGGCAUUCACAACUGGACAGCAGAAUCAUUCCUUUCUUGUUUCCUUGUGCAAAUUUUCCACGCUGUUUCCAAGCUUCAAAUGAAAACAAUGACUUCUCAGAGUUAUUCAAUUAACUUAUUUUUUCAUAACUGUUGGCGAAAGGUUAGUCUUUUACUGACUUGCACCAAGUUUUAUCUACUUUGAAUAUUAAUGGAGGAAGCCCACAAGCAGUGUGCAUUGAGAAUCAUGAGGAGGGGAAACAAAAGUAUGACCAGUUACUCCUCUUCCUUCCCAUUGCCCCCUUUGUAAUGGUAAUGAUAGGUUCUUGCAACCCUGCAGUCAGGUAUUGGUAAGGGGUAACUAGGAAGGGGUGAGGGUAAAUUAUAUACUUGACAAGUAGCCUUCAGCCGUUCUCAAUGUUGUCUAACAUUCCAGUUACACAUUACUGCUGUGGAAGCUUACCAGACCUCUACUUCUGAUGGUCAGCAUGUCAACUAUUAUACCUCUGUGCCUUUCAGAAUAUAUGAAUGAAAAAACUUCUGACUCUCAGUAUGUUUUGAAGGAGCCCUUAAACUUCAACUAACAAACUGUUCGAAAAUUUUACUUAUUGUGAGCAUUACACUUUGAAUUGAACAAAGACAUCACUAAUAAACUAGUUUUUUUCAACAAACAAG